UCCCGUUCCUAUUCCACUCCGACUACCCAUUUCCGGUUCCCUUCUUAUUCCAUUCCCACCCAUUCCAAAGGAAAGCGGGUCGCUUUGUCUUUCAUUCCCUUUUGCCUCAAACGAGGAGCCUGGAGCUGGAAGAAGAUCCAAACCUUAACUGGAAUCCUACUUUCUCCCUUGGAAACCACCGAGUGGUUUGAUGGUACAAUGUCUUACAUCAAGAACUUCUGGGUUUCCUAAACCAUUGAAAGUUCAUAGAUUUGAUUGUUGGCCUUCUGAAAGGAAGCAGGAAACUGUGGGAGUGAUCUUUGAGCCCAGAUGAGGGCUGCCUCAGAACACCGAUGGAAAAUGGCCCAAACAGAAAUAGCUGGAGUGGAAGUAGGGCAGGACCCAGAUGCCAUCGUAGAUGAGAGCAGAGGAGGGUUUGGGGAAAAAAUCACAAAAAAGAGCCAAGAAGAGAUGCUCUGUUGGGAAGUCCAAUGCCAGUGCUUCCGGCAGUUCCGCUACCAGGAAGACAGAGGACCCCGAGAGGCUUUCAACCAACUCCGUCAUCUGUGCCAUCAGUGGCUGAAGCCCGAGCGACACUCCAAGGCGGAGAUGCUGGACCUGGUGCUCCUGGAGCAGUUCCUGGCCGUCCUUCCUGCGGAGAUGGAGCGCUGGGUGAGGGAAUGUGGGGCAGAGACCAGUUCCCAGGCCGUGGCUUUGGCUGAAGGAUUCCUCCUGAGUCGGGAACAAGAGGAGAAGGCGCUGCAGGAAGAAGAACAGGAACCAUUAGUGGAAGAGACUGUCGGUUUCUCUCCAGUGACGGCAGCUUCGAGAGGCAUUAGACAGAAACCCUUUUUCCAGUGGAUUGUGGAGAAGUCAGUCCAAGCAGAUACAUUACUGUAUGACAGAAUGAGACCAUUGAUCCAUUCCCAGCUGUCUCUUCGUGACGGAGCAGAAUUGGCAUUGGCUCAGUCUGAUGAGGGCCCAGUCACCUUUGAGGACAUCGCUUUGUAUUUCACUGAUGAGGAGUGGGCUCUGCUUAACCCAGACCAAAGGGCCCUGCACGUGGAAGUAAUGGAGGAGAACUGCGCAAACCUGGCCUCUCUGGACGAUGGCUGGGAUGGCAAGGAUGAGGAAGAACAUGGAGUCAUGCUGGAAAGAACCGUAUGUGUAGAAGAACAACAGAAGAGCAAGGAGACGGAGAAGGAAGAGAAAAGGGAUGCUAGAUGGCUUCUUUCUCAGGGUGGCGACGAUAUCUGUGAGAUCCCAGUCCCAGAAAAACCAGAGACAGGGAAGGGUGGCUGUGAGUGCCUGUUGUGUGGUGAACGUUUUGACAGCAAGUCAGGCCUGAAGGCUCAUGCGAAGCUGCACAAGGAGGAGAGGCCCUUUCCGUGCCCAGACUGCGGGAAGAGCUUCUCUCAGAGGAAAGGCCUCAUUAGGCACCAGCGCAUCCACACGGGCGAGAAACCCUACGCCUGCUUGGCGUGUGGGAAGAGCUUCCGCCAGAGCGCGGCCCUCAUCACGCACCAGCGCAUCCACACCGGGGAGAGGCCGUACACAUGCCGGGAGUGUGGGAAGAGCUUCUGCCAGAAAACCACGCUGGUUCGCCACCAGAGGAUUCACACGGGGGAGAAACCCUACGCUUGUGCCGACUGCGGCAAGAGCUUUAGCCACAGGUCUCAGCUGACGUCCCACAUCCGAGUCCACACCGGGGAGAAGCCGUACACGUGUUUGGAGUGCGGGAAGAGCUUCAGCCAGAACACCAACCUUACUCUGCACCAGAGGACCCACACGGGAGAGAAACCCUUCCGGUGCCUGGACUGCGGGAGGAGCUUCAGCCACAGUUCGACCCUCAUGGCGCACCAGAGGACCCACACGGGAGAGAAGCCCUUCACGUGCGUGGCGUGCGGGCAGAGCUUCGCCCAGAACGCGAGCCUCAUUUUCCACCAAAGGACCCACACCGGGGAAAAGCCGUACGCUUGCUCCGAAUGCGGGAAGAGCUUCAGCACCAGUACCAGCCUCACCUCGCACCGGAGGACUCACACGGGGGAGAAGCCAUACAUUUGCCCCGAAUGUGGAAAGAGCUUCUGCACGAGCACCAACCUUGUGACGCAUCAGAGGAUCCACACAGGGGAGAAACCGUUCAAGUGCUCCGAGUGCGGAGAAAACUUCCGCAAGAAGGCGCAUCUGCUGCGGCAUCACAUGACGCACACCGGCGAGAAGCCAUACAACUGCUUGGACUGCGGGAAGAGCUUCAGUGAGAAGAGGAACCUCAUUUCCCACCAGAGGAGCCACUCGGCAUAUUGGAACGAGGAUCCUCAGAGCAGUUAUUGGGUUCCCACAUCUCUAAACUUCGAGGGUGUCGCUCUUCCCCAGGAAUCUGGGUGUUUCCAGAACUCCCUGAUUAACCACCCUGACCAAGUAGAAAGUUUGGAGUGUUUUACUCUGUUUCUAAACAAUUAGAGGAUAAUUGGUCAAACCUUCCUUGGUUACUCUUGAAAUCAGCAAAUACCAGAGAAGUGGGGGGGGAACAAUAUUAAACUUUAUGAAUGAAACAAAGCCUGGAGUAAUCUAUACACAAUAAAAGUGAAAAAUGUGUGUGUGUA